CCAAUUCACCAACAAUCCAGACUUGGCACGGAGGAGCGUGGGACAUCUGAUACGAUAACGUCCUCACCCAUUCACUUCCUUCUCUAAUAUCACAUCUCGCCCAUCGAAUUGUUUUUGACGAUACAAUAUCUUCUUUUUGAUCGCCAAGGGUAGUGCAUAUAUUUGCUACAGAUCCGCAACACCCACGUCACCUUCGUCAUACUAUAUUCAUUAUGAACAUCACAGCCGACGCACAACCAUCGUAUCUGUUUCAAUCAUAUCAAACAGGCGAAAAUAACGACUCACCUCCAAGUUUGACAAACAGCAGCGAAUCGCCCCGUUCGACGUCAGAGGAAGGCGGCUCUUCUUCACCGCGUGCAUCGUCAUUUAGCGGCAGUACUCUUUCCACAAAACCAAACCACGCCCUUGGUAAUCAGAGGCCUGUAACAUUCACAUCGCAUACUCAGCAUCCGGUCAAUCUAGCAGAUGAAGACGAAGAUAAUUCUAUAGCAGAACAAGCAAUGAGCCCAAAUUGGGAAUCUGUCUUUGGCUCUGCCGCUGAUACACCGGAAAGCAUGGACUUUACCAAAGAAAACGCCGCUACUCCUGACAUCAAACAGGAAAAUCAGCAAUCUUCUACCAUUUCCCGAAAAGUGGCCGGAAAUGUAGGAGGCAGCAACGAUUCAACCGCAUAUCCGGCCACCAAAUGGCAAUCGGCAGAGGAUACAAAGAUGACAGAUGAUGCUAUGUUUGAAUCAUUGAUACAGCAGGAGAACUUCGAUCAAUCCGCCGGCACAGAUGCUCGGGAGGAUGAAAGUGUGGGCAGCGAAACAAGUGGUCAAAAGAUCAGUAAUAUGACCGCUAAAUCACAGUCAUUCGACCCAUCCGCUAUUUCGGCACUAUCUUCCCGCAGAAACUCCAACGAAAGUGAUCAAAUGAAAUAUCCAAGAGCUUUGCACUCGGGAUCGCACUACAGCCAUACCUCGGACGCAGACCUCCCCUCUUCUUCUCAGGUCGUCGUUCGUCCACCUCUGGAGGAGUUGAAGGGUCUGCAGGUACAUGUACAUGGUAUCUCAUUUGCUGGUGCUAAAUCUCGUGUGGAAACACAAAUUCGACUUCGAUUGGAGCUUGUACGACCUACGACCGAAGGGGAAGCAUCCACGUCUAAUUCGACUUUUGAACGCAUCGGCGUUUUUGAUCAUGUCAAAUUGCCACCUUUGACAGGCACAAAGCGAAGAUCGAAAAAGCAUAAACAGGCGGAUGUGGCUACAGAGAAGACAUUGUUCAUGGAUGCGGCCGUUGUUCGUGCAACACCACCACAUGAAAGAGUCUUUGUUUGCAAAAGCUGCCAACAGCGCGAAAAGAAGCGUGCUCAACGCAGAAAAUCCGGUGCCAAGAAGGAUGAAGGAAAAGAUGAAGAUGAUCAGCAAUACACAUUGGAAGAUUAUCAAGAAUUAGGCAUCGAUCCAGAUUCUGCCAAUGCAAAAGCUGAAAUCAAAAGACGAUCAGAAGAGGAAGCAGAGAAACGUGUGGUGGUAUUCAAUUGCGGUGAUUUUGUCAAUUUCGAAGAGGGACAAUGUGUUCUACCAACACGGAUUACAUGCUACUGUCGUCAUCAUCGGGAAAAGACUGGAUUCUGUCUAAUUUUCACAAUGCGAGACUAUCGCGGCAAUUUAGUUGCAUCCGGCUCUACUCCUCCAAUCAUGAUCACGGAUGACCACAAAUCUGUUGCUGCAGCUGCGGCUGCUGCAGCGGCUGCCGCCAACACCAGCACAAACUCAGAUAAUAUCCGCCGUGUGGAUGGGUCACGCAGUCGAGCUGGCUCAUCAGAGAACACCCUUGAAGGAUCUGCAGUUGCAGGCAAAGGUGGUGAAUCUAAUGCAGCAGCCAUGACAAACGGAAACUCCACUGCUGCUAAAGGACGAAAAGCCAGACGUGCAACUAGAAGCAAACCAUACGGUGAUGUUGAAGAGCGCAAUGCAUCCCGAAGGAGCGGAACAGCAGCAAGUCUUUCCACAGGUCAGAAUACACCUGCGAUUGCUCAAUCGCCUCCUACAUCGCAGCCUGAUAUCAACAAUCCUGACUUUUGGAAUGCAUUUGCAGCAAUGGCCAACGUUGCUGGAAGCCCAACGGCAAGUUCACGGGCAAGUCAAGGUGUUCAAACACCACAAACUGAAGUCACCUCACCCAUGCAACAAGCACGAUCUCUUUCCAUGCAAGGUAUGGGUAUGGGACUGCCACAACAGCAGCAACAGCAGCAUUUGCUCAGUGCUUUGCAGCAGUUACCACAGCAUCCAGCAAGCCCUCCUAACUUGGAUGCAAUGCAACAGUGGGCAGCAGGAAUGGCAGCACAAGGCUCGAUAUCCUCCCAAACACUCAAUGUUGGACCGCAAAGCGUGCCUGGCUUUGAUUUGAAUACGUUUAUGCAAAGUAUUCAACGAGGUCAAGGAAAUGGAGAUCAAAAUAUGCAAAAUUUGUUAAUGUUGGCACGCUCUUUGCCGGGAAUGACCAUGGACGCCAAUCUUGCUGGAAAUCAAGCCAGUGCUUCGGGAUCUGCUCAAGCGUCAAAUACACCUAUUCCCUCCAUAUCUAAAUUGAUUCCUGGAGAAGGACCUACGAGCGGAGGUAUUGAGGUGACAGUCUUGGGUGAGAAUUUCGUUGAUGGUUUGACAUGCUACUUUGGAGACAUUCCUGCAACAAGUACAAGAGUUUGGGGUAGCAAUACUCUUUUAUGUCUCCUGCCACCAAGUGCUUCACCUGGACCAGUUGCUGUCACCGUGAAAGGACCUGGAUCGCAAGACCACAAUGUGGAACGGUUCAAUAAUUCUCUACAGUUGUUCACAUAUAUCGAUGCAACUGAUCGUGCAUUGAUGGAAUUGGCAUUGCAGGUUGUCGGAUUGCAAAUGACUGGUCAAAUGCAAUCGGCACGGGAUGUUGCUAUGCGGGUUGUGGGAUCAGGACCAAAUCAAAAUAUCACCAGAUCGCAAGGCAAUGGCAACUCUAGCGGCGGUUCGCAAGGCGGCACCACUCACUCGAGAAAUGCUGUUGCAGGGUUAUUUGCCACUAUGUCUGGAAAUCAAUCAUUCCAAGAUUCGGUAAUGGGAUUCUUGCGCUUAUUGGAUGUUGAUCUUGAACAAAAUGACUCAAUCAGAAGAUGGAGAAGAGACGCAGUACGCUUGUCCAACAAGCAAGGUCACACUCUUUUGCAUCUUGCCGUCAUUUUGGGCUUCCAUAGAUUGGCUUCUGAUCUCAUUCAACGUGGUUGUCCAAUCAAUGCUCGUGAUUACAAUGGUUAUACUGCCUUGCACUUUGCUGCUUUGCAUGGACGUGUGAUGAUCGCACGUAUGUUGAUCGGUCAAGGAGCAAAUGCACGUAUUAUCUGCGAGGUUGGCCGCGAUGCUUUGGAUGUCGCACGCGAAAGCGAACAAGUUGAUGUUGAAACAUUGUUGGAAGAUCACCUCGGUCUGUCAAGUCUAUACAAUCGUCUCGUUGAAGCAGAUGAUGAGAGCGACGAAGACGAGCUCUCAGCCGAGAUUGACGAUGACAAUGUCAGCUCUUACGUCGAUGAAGAAAGUGAGAAUUACCUCGAAGAUGAGGAGGAGUCGGACUAUCAAGAUGAGGAUGAUGAACAACUUGAACGCGGAGAGCAUCCUGCUUUGACAGCGUCAAUAGACUUUGAGCCAGCAUCUGCUCGCGCUAAAAAGCAAGAAGCUCUUGGAACAUCAUCGAACGAAAAAGAUUCACAAAGCAUCAACGAAAAAGCAGCCGAAGCCGGUGAAGAACGUAAAGCUGGAUUGAAAGGUCUAGUCUUUGGAGGCUUGGACUUUGCUAAUCGUGCCCGAUUUGGAGUUCCAACAGCUUUGCAUGGAGGCUUCACCCACUUCAAUGUUCCCGUCGUGUCUGUCUUCCAAAUGGCACUACCUCCGAGCUUCACCAAUUGGGGAAGUAUCGCCCAUUCCAAUGAGGAAGGUUCAUCCUCUCAAGCAAGUGCAGAAAAGUCAGUAACAGAAGAUGACAAGACCCAAUCCAGUGCUUCUAUGUGGCGCAACAUCUUCGAGGAAAGCGCUCUAUGGAUCAAUCCUCUAUCAUCUCCACCACCUCCAGCAUAUGAUUCUCUACAUGCACCUGCCAUUGGUGAAAGUAGAUUCCCUGCCAUUGCAUCAACAUCAUCCUCCCAAGACUCAGCCCGGCUGACACCAAAAGCCAUCUCUUCCGAACAAACACCAACACGUCCACGCAGCGUGAGCAUUGAUGAUCAAUCAAGAGUGGAAACUGCUUCCACGCCAUCGUCCAGUAAAUCACCCUCACGCAAGGCAAACAAAUCCGCCUCAACACCAGCAGGACUUUCAGUUGAAAAUCGUACCAAGAAAAACGAAAAACAAACGUCAAAGAUUCGUCAAAAUGUGAUUGCACGUGCGCCUUCUUCCCUUAAAGAUGAUCGAAUGCUGGUCUACUUUUGGUUACCGAUCCUUGUUUCGGUUUUAUUACUUCUUUGUUCCGCCAACCCUUCUUCGAUUCUCAGUUAUGGAGACCUGAUGAGCUUUAUGCCUUUCUAA